CCAUAAUUUCCCUUUUCUCUUCUCCGCCGGCCGUCUCUCCCUCUCGCUCAACCUUCCACGUCAAGUUCUUGAUCUCUCUCUCGUCGGAACCAUGCUGUCAUCGAACUCCGGCAACGACGGCUCCCCGUUUGGGACUCCCAGUCCGGUGAAUCUAAAUUCCGCUUCGGUAGCUGAUCGAUCGCCUUCUUCUCCAACUUUACUUCACGAUCAUCGCGGUUCGCGCUCAGCCUCUUCGCUCCAGGGAGAAUUCUUGACACAUGGUGCUAAAAGGAGGAGGAGAGAACAGGUGCUGAGUGGCGUCGGAGGAACCAGGAGGAAGCUCAACUUCUGUGAUUCCCCUCCUGAAUCGCACGAAUCACUACCUCCACAACCGCCACCAGCGGCGGCUGCAUAUCGGUUUGAUCUCAGCGACCGCAACAUCACCGGAUCGCCAUUUCAUGUUCCUUCGGCAAGUGGAGUCAAACUCCGCUGCUGCUCCACUGAUCAUUCUAGUGAUCAUCGUGGCCAAAUGCUCCAUGAUGCUUCUGUAAAUCGGCUAUUUGCAGGGUCAGAGUGCUUACUGCCAACGGGGAAAAGAUUUAUCGACUGGAUCCGGAUAGUUGAUAGAUUUAUCAUCGGGGAACUUCGGAGGGUGAAGCACAACACUAGCGCGAACAAGAAGGGGGCGAAAAGGGAGAGAAGGAUCCGCAUUCUCAUGUCUAUGCGGUGACUAGCUGAUUACUCAUAUAUAUUUGUGAGUCGUGCAGGGAGGCAGGCAAGCAAUGUGAUUUCCACUAAAGGGAAUGGAAGGGAAUAUGUGUUUGCUUCUUGAAGAUGCAUGCUUGUGCACCUCUCAAGUGAACCAGAUUUUCAACAAGCAUGCUCCAAACUCAGGAGGGGAGCUGUGGUACAUGACUGAAGGGAAGAUCUUCGACUUACCCUUUGCCUUCUUUGGUUGACAGAUAUAGCCUAUUAUCAUUUUGGAAUCUCAAAAUCGGAGCUGAAAAUGCUCUCGGUAUUUUCAAGUUCUCAGUUUCUGAUGAAAGCUCUGUUGCUCCUGUCAGGAUUUUGCAGCUGCCAAACUUUGAGUGGGCGAUUCUGCACUGCACAUGCUCGAUCGUGGAAAUGAAUGAUGAAGGGCACCUGUUGGCAAGGAAUGGUAGUAGUUCAAAUUAGCACAUUGAUUGCGGAGGAAGACUUUUUGCUUAGUUAGCUCUAAUUGUUAUUUCAAGUCGAGUCUCUGGUUAAUUAGAUGUAAUGCUCAGUUCAGUUGGUCAAUCAUUCCACGAACCAGGCCAAGCAUUUCAAUUUUUAGUUGGGUUCUGUAGUAUGGAUAGGUAGCUAGCUGCUGAUUAUUCGGUCUGAUAGUCUUUGUAAUAUCACCCAAAAAAAAAUUAAGCACGGCAGACUCUGUUCUUGCAGAGCUAUUUGGACC